AUUUACUCGACAUUAUCCGGAGGACUUUGUUAUUGUUGUAUUCUGGGAGGACGAGAAUCGACACAUAUUACCCUAUUAGGAAGCAAUUUCAUAAGGUUGCUUUCAUCUAGAUGGACAGCUAUGUAACUAUUUCUGAUAGAAGGAUUUAAACUAUCGCCGUACUCUAUUUUCAAUAUGGUGUUUGAUUAAGUGUCAAAAUCUCAGAAUCGGGCUACGUCUGCUGCUCGGUAGGCCGUCGACCAACCCAGUUUUGGAUUGGGCUCGUCGAAAAGGCAGUGACUCCCCAACUAAUUUUCUAAUACUGUGUAAUUAUCAUGGACUUGAUGUUUGAAUGGGAAUAUGAAGGGGACAGGUUUUCAUUCGAAGAUAGUGAUCGAUUUGAGGAAGAUUCUCUCUGUUCUUGGGGAAGUGAGCCCGAAAGUGUAUGCAAUAACUGGAGGGGUUGGAAAAGACAAAAUGGAGGACCCAACGUAGGCAUAAGCAGGGGUGAGUAACCUACACUCAGCUGAGAUCUCAGCAGAAGUCAAUUUUUUCCCACCUAAAUAUGCCUAGACUAGUGAAAUUGGAAUUAACUAGUUCAAUAUAUAGCUCAAGCAAGAUUUAAAGCUGUUUAUCAAUAAGAAAUAGGCAUAUAUACAUUUCUCAAGCUGGUCUAAUUAAAGUGAAUUUUAUUUUAAUGAUUUUUUAAAUCCUCAUUUUAAGUUCACACAGACACAAUCCCACUGUGUUACUAAACUCCUUUGUUCUAUUCAUUAGAAAAGCCAGUUAAUUUACUUUUCUACAGCUGCUAUGUAUGAUUAUGAGGUUAAAAGUAUGGAACAAUUGACUAUCACAGAAACUUAAGAGAAAGAUAUUUUUUUUAUUUGGCACAGAUAUUGAUUUUUUGUCAAGGAAAAAAACCAGGUUCCCACUUGCACUUAACCCAGAUAUCAGUGAGAGGGUAAAUGAGCAACAGUAUCACACCAGUUCAACAAGAAUCUUUUUUAUUAAACAUAUUUCUUUUAGUUAAACAUAAAAUAUUUAUUGUUAAAGUGCAAAGCCAAGGUAACCCUUUGUGUAAAAUCAGCAAAGGACUUCAAAUCUUGUUCCACUAUUUAUGUAAAGUAAAGAAAUUGUACUUGUUUAGUAGGCUUGACCUAGCCUUAGAAAGUAGGUCAAACAUGUAGCCCAGAGCAGAGAACAAUGAAACAGAAAAAAAACAACAUUGGCCUAGAUAAGAUUUCUAGGCAAAGGCCUUAUUAAAGUAAAAUUAAUUUUAAAAAACACAACAAAACAAAAACUUUUAAUCAAACUGGCCUUUUUAUUUGAUAGAAAUAGAAUGUAUCUACUAUAGACUAUAGACUAUUGACCUAUAGUAUAAUCAUAAGGGGUUAAGUCAUUAUAAAUAAGCCAUGAAAAAAACAAAUCUAAUUAUGCCUAGGCCUAUAGCCUAUAGGUUUGUCAUUUGUGGGUGGCAAAUGAUAGCUGUUUAUAAUACUUCUAACUUUGGUUGAUCACCACCCUGUUUUCCAGUUAAAAUUUAAGUAUUUCCAUUAAAACUUUAUGCUGCUUCAGCAUGGAUCCAUCUAUCAUUCUAUGCCAAUCUAUGCAGUAACACUUAAAAACAUAAAUAAGAUAGGGUGCUCCGAAAAUUUUACAAUAUAAGAACUAUCAGCAUCUCCACUUUUUUUUUUAGCUUAGUCUUUAUUGCUAUUUUUAUAUCGAAUUUACUUCAUGAAUAACAAGAAAGUUUAGUAAUGGUUUUAACAUUUUACAAUAGUUAUAACACUAAGGAACCUACAAGAUGAAAGGUCAAACCAGGAUUUAUAUUUAUAUUUACACAUUUUGUGAUGAAAAUUUUGAGUUACGUAAAUACCACUAAACCAGUCUCUAGUCUUACUCCAUCAUGAAAACUUAAUCUAUCAUCCCAAGUAAAGUAGGCUAAAUGAUAUUUAAUGAUUGCUGCUUUAAAUGUUAUUGAUCUUUAAUCAUUAUGCAUAUUUUGACAGUCAUUCAAUGUUAAAAUAUAUAAAUUAAUCUCUUCCAGAGCGCCAGGUUACACCAUUGUCAGAACUUGCUGCAAAAGCUGUAGCCUGUUACAUACCAUUUGAGGUUGUUGAGCACUAUCCAGAACCUAUUCCUGAACCCAUACAGUUGCGGAUUGCCUUUUGGAGUUUCCCUGAGAGCGAGGAAGAUAUACGGUAGGGUCAAAUUACUCAACAAUUGUACUCUUUGUCUCCGAAUUUAUAAUAAAUUUGUCUCCAUUUUUAUUACCAUUAAAAAACAUAUGGCUUGUUAAACAUACUUAUUAUUUUUAUGCAAUUCAAUAAUUAUUCACCAGACUGUACUCAUGCCUAGCUAAUGGAAGUGCUGAUGAAUUUACAAAAGGAGAACAUCUUUAUAAAAAUAAGAGUGUAAAAGACACAUUGCAAAUAGGUAUGUCCAUCUAAUAUGACUCUUGUUUCUUUAAAAUUUACUUUUAAUAGUAGAUAUGAAGUUAAGUUAUUUAUUUGCAUUUAUUUGGAAUAUUUAAGCUAUUUAUGGGUUCAAAAACUUUCAGGGUGACAAAGUCUUUAAGACAUAGGACAAGCAUUCUGGUUGUCCUUUGUUUAAAUUCUGGCAAAAUCAAAUGUCCUCACCAGUUCUCAACACAAAUUUGGGUUAAACAGGCAGACUUCUAUAUAGAAAGUCAAAGGAUUAAAGAUAUGACAAGAAAAACCCUGGUAUGGCUGCUAAUCACACCAAAAAAGUUUGUUGAAAUCAAAAGUACUGGAUGUGACACAUGGUACAAUGGAUAAGAAAAAAAGAGAAAAAGAUGUACUAUAUGAUACUAUAUCAGAAAACAGUUACUGGAAAAAAUGGUAUUGCUGGAAAAAAAAGCAACACUUAAUAUUAAACAGUACAGAAGAAAAGGAUGAUAAAAUGUUUUUAUUUUCAAUGUAAUGUUUAACUUCCAAUUUCACAGGAUUUCACCUAAGUGCUACAGUGGUAACUACACAGAAUGCUGCCCAAGGUCAAAGUAAAGGUUCCUUCAAUGUGGCUGUUGUAUUUGAUCGUCGUAGAAUAUCAUCCUGCACUUGCACCUGUGGGAGUCCAGCAUCAUGGUGUUCACAUAUUGUUGCCCUAUGUCUAUUCAGAAUACAUCAGGUCUUUAUAAGUUUCUGUUUCCUUUAAAUAUUAUUGUUUUUCCUUGCCUUAAAUGAGUAUACAUUUAAACAAUCUACUUUAUGGUAAACUUUAACUUGACAUGUAAUCUAGAUUGUAUCAAUUUAUAACAUUUUCAACACUGUUAAAAAGUUAUGAAUUUAGUUCUCCUGCUCUGGAGCUCUGGUUUCAUGCAUCACCCAAAUAGGUUCAUAAGAGAAUAAUUUUUUCUUCAGUAAAUUUUAAAUCAUCAUUUAUUUUCUUUUUCAGGCUAGCUCUGUAUGUCUGCGUGCCCCUGUGUCUGAGUCCCUGUCUCGUCUUCGUAGAGAUCAACUACAGAAAUUUGCUCAGUAUCUUAUUAGUGAACUUCCUCAGCAGGUUAAUUUUUGAACAAAAUUCAUAAACAAAUAACUAUACUUUGAUAAUAAAACUGUUAGAUAUUUAAAAUUCAAAGAAUACUUUUUUUUCUGUUAUACUAUAUCUGAUGAAACAUUUAUUUUACUUGCAUUCUCUUGGAAAAACAAUAUACCGUAUUUAUCGGCGUAUAAGACACACACACCAUUCGCGCCGCUCUGCGGUAUGUACUAUGGGUCCUUAACAUUAUAUCGGCGUAUAACAUGCAAACACCAUUUACCCCUAUUUUCAGGGAGAAAAAGUGUGUGUUAUACGCUGAUAAUACGGUAAUUCUUUAUUCCUUAUUGAAUGCCCUGCCUCUGACAGCUUGCAUAACCUACUUUCAGAUUCUACCUACUGCACAGCAGAUUUUGGAUGAACUGCUUUCGUCACAAGAGACUGCUAUGAAUACAGUUUGUGGUGCUCCCGGUGAGUAAGUUUAAUAUAGUGCAGAGAGGAAACUGAUACAAUGUGGUGGUAGAAGGGUUAAGACAAUACUCAGCAGUACAAGAGUACAUAUCACUGUCAAGCUUGACUCCAGUGAAAUCACUCCAGCCUUCUCGUGGGAUAAGCUUUUGAGAGACUUAAAAAAGUUAAAGGAUAAGGGAUCAAAUCUCCCAUGUUAUGCCAGCAGAAUAUGAUACUUACACCUUUGGUUUUGAAAUGACACAACAAAAAUGCAUGGCAGGGAAGGUAAUGGAUUCCAAUUUGCUCAGAAAUUGUAAAUUGUGUUUUCACUCACGAUUUCAAAUUUUUCCUGAGUUGGACAGCAGUUAUUUAUUUAAAAAAACUACAGGGUUUCUCAUUCAAAAUGUGAUUCAAAGUCUAAUGUCAUGUUUUUCUUGAAACCACAGAUCCUACUGCUGGCCCAUCAGCUAGUGAACAAACUUCCUGGUCAUUAGAUGAGUCCACAUUGCAUUCAAACAUCAAGAAAACACUUGUGAAGUUUUGUAUUCCAGCACCUAUAGUAUUUAGGUAUAAGUUUAAAAAGAAAUUUGAUCUCAAGUAAAACAUAAAAUUAUUCCUAAGCAUAAGUGCACACUUACACAUAUUAUACUUAUUUUAUUACAUGAUAUGGACUAAUAUUUUAAUACAAUUUAUAAAUAUGAAUUAUGUUGAUUCAAUGUCUAAACUGUGCAAAAAUCAUAGAGCCUUAGUAGUGUUGGAAGAUAUUGAUGGUGUCUUUUAAACAUCCUUUGAAUGGUCAAGUCUAUGUCUGCUCCACUGAAGAGAACAAAGAGUGUUUCUAUUUUGAAUACCAUGAUGGAUAAAACACUCCAUUACACACUGUUGAUGUUGAGGAAUAAAAGCCACAGAUCUCCAAAUAUGGUGAUCAGGACUUAAAGUUGCCACACGUCUAUAAAGUGAAAGCAUUUUAUUGAUGAUAAAUAUUAAAACUAUGAUUUUUGGCAACAGUAUUUAACAGUAUUAUUUUCUGGCUUGAAGUAGCUGUAUGUGCAAGCCAAGCCUAGUUAAUACCUACAUCAGAAAAUUCAAGGUUAACUAACAACUCCCUCCCAUCCUGCAUCACUGUGAUGGUUUAGCACACAGGCAAAUGAGUUAUAAAAUAGUCACACUUACUUGUACUUUUAAAGUACCAUACAUUUUAAAAUUCCAUUCCUAAUUCCUCAAGUUUUUACUAAUUAUACCACCAGUGAUGUCAACUACCUAACAGCAAGUGCACCACCAGCUGCAACCGAGUGGCAAAGCCUUUUAAGACCGCUGAGAGGCAGGGAGCCAGAGGGCAUGUGGAAUUUACUGUCAAUUGUCAGGGAAAUGUUUCGUCGGCAUGACAGCAAUUCUGUACCAUUGCUUGAAAUUUUAACUGAUGAGGUUCUCCAGUGUGAACAGGUAAACUUAACAGUUAUAAAUUCUCAUUGAUGUUACCUUAAUGUUCAAGCUUUCCUUGCUGUUGAUAAUUAAAUUCUUUGUUUUAUGAAAUAGUUAUAAGUAGUGACAUUCAUUAGAUCAGUAUAUGGCAUUUAGCAUAUUUUGGAUGAAAGAAAUUAAAUAAAUGUUUUAAAACACUAUUGAAACUUUACAUUUUCAGAUUCUUAUCUGGUGGUUUUCAACAAAAGUUUCACCAUCAAACAAUGCUACGGUGAUCCACUGCAGUAGAAGUGGUAACUCUGCUAAUGCCACUCAAAAUGCUGCUUCAAGUCUGUGUGAUGAAAUUGUUACACUGUGGCGUCUGGCUGCUCUUAAUCCCAAAUUGUCUCCCAGCCAACGACAAGAUAUGUUAGAGAAAUUUCGUGACUGGCACAUAAGCACCAUCGAAAAAGUUCGUAAAGCUAGGAGUAACAGCUCAAGUACUUCUGCAACUGGCAUAAAGAAAGGAGAUGUGGAAAUAUUUCCUGGGUUCAAACCUGCAAUUGAAGCUUGUGCCCUAACUUGGGAGGAUUAUCCUAUUCCUGGCAUAACAUACUCAGCCAAAGAUGGCUCCAGAUUCUUUUACCACUUUGGCUCCAAUAAAGCCCAUGACAGUGAGUGUAAAAAACCAUCGCGAGUUCAGCCUGUCACUAUCUGCUCCCAGGAUAUUAUAAGUACUGAUAACCCUAAUAGAAAUCUUGCUCAUUCCCAACGAUCUCAGGACAUAGGUACAAACCGGGUUUGGCCAGCAGACCCCCGCAACUCUCUACCACCUCGUCGUGACUCUGGCCAAGAUGGAGCUAUGAGCUCAGGCUCUGAAGGUUUUUGUGAGCCUGAACGAGGCUUCAGAGAUUCUGACUCUAGCGGUGACUACAAGGGUGCACAUUCAAGAAGUAAUUCUUUUGAAGAAGUGGAGUCCCCUCAUAGUUUUACUCCUAAGUCGUCCAUUCCUAAUUCCUUACAUAUAUCUCCAAAUGUCAUUACAGUAAAUUCUCCUGUAUCAUUACCUAGAAAGCAACCUUCUUUAGAAAUUGAUGUAUUUGAUGAAACUUUAGCUGACUUUGAUGCUGGUGUUGGGGACAUGGCACCUAAACAUCAACACAUGCCAUCUCUAAUGGGUGGAUGUGCUUUUUCAACUGCUAAUCCCAUGCCCGGUAUAACUACUGCUGCUGCUUCUAGUCUUCAGAUAUCAUCAGGGUUUAUUUCUCAGUCCACCUCAGCAGAUCAGACCCGUGGAGUGAAACAGGGUCCUAUGGAUUCAUUAGAACCAAGUGAUGAAUACCAAAUGUACUUUUAUGACACAAAAUCCAAGACCGGAUCGGAUUCAAAAAACAAAGAGAAAGCAGAUGAACCAAAUGUAUUUGCUGGUCUAAAAAAUGCAGAGAGCAUGCAGGAUGUAAGUUGCCAUAAUUUUAAUGCAUAUUUUGUUUAUAAAUUAUUAAAUACUUCAACACUGAAGUGCAACUACUCACAGAAUUCUUAUUAUAUUAUCAUACCUAUCGGUCUCAUUGAUUGCCAUUAGACUUCAAUCUAUCUUAAUUUUAAUCAAUAUUUAACCAUCUUUUUUACAAUUUAUUCUGUUAAGGUCUCAAAGUUUGAUGACCAACAGUUGAGUAAUGUUAUUUUAUAUUUAGGAUUUAACAGUAUAAAAGUUCUUAAACAUUUUUACAAAGGUUCUGAGGAGAUUGGUAUUGUGAUGAGGUAUGCUAACCUUGUUUCAGAAUUUUAGAAUUAGCUAAUACAUUAAAAGCUAUGUUACCAAACAUUUCUUUUAACAGCUAGGUAUUAAGAGUUGGGGAAAUCAAUGUUUGAUACAUUUUAAUGCUCAUAUUUCUUUGUCCAUACCAUUUACAGUUAUGAGUUUUCCUUUUAUGUUUUUAUUUUCUUAUUAGCUAAAUUGAAACAUAAACAUCGUUUAAAAAUUUGUUAAAUUUCAUUUCUUCUAAACUGGUUCUUAAGUCUGACCGAUAAUUAUCUUCAGAUAUUAUUUGCCCGAGCUGAAGCUCUUCAUGCUCAUGGUCACACUAAGGAAGCUUGUCGCCUUGCUCAAAGGUUAACGGAGGAAAUGCUGGACAAUCCUCCAGAUCUUCUUGCAGAGUCAGCAAGUGCUCCUUCUCCAAAAUGUGAGUUGCAAAAAUAUAAACAUGAAAGCAAAUUUUAGCACCAAAUAUUUCUUUCCCACUGGAUAGAGGCAGUUUAUGGAAAGUAAAUUAUCAGAACCUCCUGUACCAAGAUUUUCCCUUUUAUUUUAUUAUAUUUUGUGUGGGCCCAGUAAAAUAAUUUGUGUAUACAUUUUGCUUCUUUCAUUAAGUUUAUUUAUUUAUAUUGUCAUACACAUUUGUUUUCAGCAAAAAAAAAGAAGGCACUAACCAAUAUAAGUAUGCUUGCCAGUGCUCUUCUGUCCAAAGCAUCUUUUCUUAGCAGUGUAUUGUGUGAAGAUGAAGAGUGUCACCACCUUGCCUUCCAAAUAGGGAUGUUUGGUUUGGAAUUGGCAAGACCCCCAGCCUCCAACAAAGCCAUUGAGGUAAAUCAAUGGGACAUUUAUAUUGAGAUGAAUAAUACUUUUUUUUAUUACCUAAAAGAGUGAUUCCUUAAUUAAGAUUAUAUUUCUCUGAUUUAGCAUUCUUCUCUAUUUUCUCCACGAUUGCCCCCCCCCUCCCCCCCUCUACCACCCUCUACUUCUCUAGGAAGUUAUGAUGCCACACUGUUUGGGAACAACUUUCUUAGAAGUUUGUAACACUUAGUAAAUGUUUCUCAUUAAAAAGUUUUGAUCUGAUACCAUCUCUAUUUUCCUUAACAUACAUGACGAAAACAUUGUUUAAUCUAGUUAGUUGUCUAAUCCACUUAGUGGUUAAAGCCUUAUACGCUUUAUAAAUACCCCACAUUUACCUGGAUAUUACUAUCUUUUUUUAACUUUUUCUGAUAAAAAAAGUCGAAGCACUCAAUUUUAAAUUUUAAUUAUGAUAAAAAGAGAUUCUUUCUAUAUCCAAAAAUAAAUGAAGCUCACCACAAGCUAACAGCAACUUUCUAAAUAGGUAGUCACAAUACAUACAUUUUUGUGUAUCGCUCACGUAAUCUAGAUUUCUAUUUUUGACAGGUAAAACUGGCCCAUCAAGAGUCAGAGCUUCUUCAGCUUUUGAAGAAGAUUCCAUUGGGGCCUCUGGAGAUGGCAGAAAUCAGAGUUAGAGCUGAGCAACUACGAGAUGGAACACUGAAGUCCAGAGGAGAGGCUCUUCUACCCCUUAGUCUGGCCACAUUUAUAUUUGACACUUUAUGUAUACCAAGUGAGAUUUAGUGAUGACUCCAGUUAAUUAACCACAAACUAAAAUAAAGAUACAUUUUGCCUUUUUUUUUUGGCUGCGACUAUUCGCACACGGGUACCAGAAGUGAAAGGUUGGGAUUAAAAAACUAUUUAAAAUAUUUUUAGUUGAGUUUAUAAGACAAAAUGAGGUAUCACAUGAAAGAUAACUGAAUGUACUAUAUGUUUGUAAACUUACUUCUUCAGUUUAACUAAAAUAAACUACCACAAAUGACAUCCAAAUAGCAUUGGUCUAAUGGGACCCGGGUGCGAAUGGCAGCGCUGCGUGUCCGGGGCCAUUUUGACUAAAUGCUAUUGGGAUGUCAUUUUUGGUAGUUUAUUUUAGUUAAACUUUAGAAGUAAGUUUACAAACAUAUAGUCCAUUCAAUUAUCUUUCAUUUGACACCUCAUUUUGUCUUACAAACCUAACAAUAAUAUUUUAAAUAGUUUUUUAAUCCCAACCUCUCACUUCUGGUACCCGGGUGCGAAUAGCCACUACGUUUUUUUAAAAUUAAAAUUUUUUAAAAAUUAUUAUUAAAAAAAAAAAAAGAAUUAUUUGUAUUUAUUGACAGAUUUUUUUGGAACUUAACAGUUUUAUAUCCUAUUACAAAAAUAGUCUGAAAUUGAUUAAUUUAAAGAUUUUGAACUCUUAUUUUAGAAUUCAGUUUUCCAAAUUGUAUUAUUUUACAUUAGUUUUGUGUGGGUUAUAUUAUUAUGCUAUUGAAAAAAGAUUUAAUUUUUCUCAACUGUUGUCAAAGUCUGCAUCAAAAGUCUACACAGCAAUCUUUCAACCACAAGUAGAAGUAUGUUUAAAAAUUGAUCAAAAUUUAACAAAAUGUUUCCAUUAUUUAAGAAUGUAAAUAUGUUUGAAGAAAAUAAAUGCAAUGCUCAAGGUGCUGGUUACCAAAAUCUUUAAGAUAAUAAAGAUAAAUGACAUUAAAAUAUUUGCUUAUCUUUAUUAAUUUAAUUUAAUUAAUUGAACAUGAAAAUGAAUGUCACUAUAAACACAAAGCAAAUGAAUUCUCAGAAUUGACAUAUUUCAAAAUUAAUUUUUUCAGGUAACUUAAAUUUUUUUAAAUGUUUGUUUCAGCUAACAUGUUCUACACACAGGAGGAAAAGCUUGGAUUUGAAGCUGCUGUAACUGCAUUAGGUUUGUACACAAGUACUUUCUCUUUAUUCUCAGGGGACAUUGAUUCCUUUUAAUGCCAAUGCUCCAUAUUUUUGUAUCCUUUCUCCCUGGGCAUACUUUUAUUUUGAUUGUAAACUUUGAGACAGUGAUCUCUAAAUAAAUUCCAUUAGUGACAUAAAAUAUAGUUACUUAAAAUGGGUUGGUUGAUUGAAGUAAGCCUUUGAGAUAAGUAAAAAAUUAAACAAAGUAGACCUUUCUUUAAGACUUAACUGAAGACAAGAAAUACUACCACUUUCCAUGAUGAAUGUGUAUGCAAAAUGUCAUCAAUAAUAUAUAUAAACAAAAAUAUAUGUUCAAAUCAAUAUAUUUAUGUCCUUGAUGCUAUUUCAUUUGCAGUGAAGUCAAAUAUUUAUUUAAUUUGGUUGAUAUUGAAAUUUUUUUGAUGAAGCACUCUGAAGUGUUGUUAGCUGACAUGUUCUGAAUUUAAUAAUAGCAUAUACUGUGAUUAAUCUCAAUAAAUAUAGAAUAUACUCUGAAAAUGAAUUUAGUUUUCACUUUGAUGUUAAAUUCAAUAAAUAUAGAAUCAAUGUUAUUGAUUUUAAUAUCAUUUGCAAAAUUAACAGGUAUGAAAGCCAACAUAGCGGAGGCAGAUCACCCACUGUUGUGUGAGAGUACAAGAAGACAACGAGGCGAGCUGGCUAUCUCCAUGUUGGUGCAGUAUAAAGAUGAUUCAGUCAGACUGAGCAAAGUAGGAAAAAAAAAGAUUCUCUUUUAAAGUUUUUUUAAUAAACUCAAAUUGAAAAUAUAUUCAAAAUUUAAAUAUUUAUCUUUAAUUGAUGAAAAAAUAUGUUAUUGAUAUUUCUCAGUCACAACUGUCCCCUUUUUAGAAAUAAUUUAAAAUUUGCAAUGCUUAUUGCGUUCAAUUAAUUUAUUUUACCUUAUUUUAAGCAAGGCAAGGCAGAGAGUAAAUAAUAAAAUACAUGAAAGCUUUAUAAGAUGGUUUGAAACAUGCAAUAAUUGUUUUUGUUCAGAUUAUGGAUAAGUUGUUGGAUAAAGAAGUUCAUCAGCAGUAUAAGGCACCAAGCCUGAUCAACUACAUCUCAGGUCACAAACAGCCAGCAUCAUCAUCUCACAAUACAGCUGGGUCUUCUUCAAACAGUGGUCAUCACAGAGAUGGAAGUUCUGCUACGGGACACAGAUCUCAUGGGGGUAAAGGAGAUUUUGAAAAACUAUUUGUGCCAGAGAGAGGUGCAUUAGGAGCUACACCUGGAGGUUGGCAAUGGUUUACUUUAAUCAUUUAAAGCAAUACCAUAUACAAAGUUCACAUUUUCUGCAAAACUUCAAAGAAUUUUUAACAACUAUUUCUGACAGAAAUACGUAUAUUUUAAUUUUAGUCUUGCAACAUAAUUCAUAAAGUGUGAUUAUGUUAGGAAAAAAAUGUUUUAAUAAGAUUACUUGUCAGAUAUUGUUUGUAAAUUGUUGCUUUGAAACUGCUGAUCAAGUAAAAAAAAUUCAGAAGCAAAAAAGGCAAUUAUUCAAUUUUUAUACAAGAGAGUUGUGCGGAUUAAUUUGCAUAUAAUCAGUAAUUGGUUUAAUCAGUCAUUUUACUGAUUAAUCAGUAACCCCUUUGAACAAUCAGCUGAGUGACUUUUAGUUAUCAAAAAAGGUUAAAUGUAUAUCGAGACAUUACAACAUUAGAAUCUUGGAUGUUUUUCUUGAUUUGAUACAAUUUUUAUCCAAUCCAGUAUGUGCAAGUCUCUAGGUGUGGUAUCAAACAUAUAAAUGUCUUUUUUUGCUUGUUAUUUUUUAUUUCCUGUUACGCCAUAAGUGUUUACAAAAUUACCAUGUGAGAUCAGGUUGACCUUUUUUGGAUGGUGAAAAUGUGCAUACUUUAGCAAAUUUUUUUCAAAAAGUUUUUCAAACACAUUGAUACCAUUGAAUGCUCAUAAACAUGUGUAUGGCAAAAGUUACCCUGGUAUUUUGCUCAUCAACUGUAGCAUCAACAUUUAGAUGACAUCAGCCUCGAUGUCAGCAUUCGAUUUAUUAAUGGCACACUGCUAACCAGAGCUGGUUGUUUCAUCUUUUCAUGUAGGCAAUUAGUGGAUUAUUAUCUCUGCCCUGGUUAAAGGGUCAAAGUUUUGGGAAUCAUUGUUACUCCAAUUACUUUUUUUUUUACUCUGGCUGUAAUAAUACAUUUUUACUCUUACCAAAUAGUAGCUUUAUAUAUGUGUAUAAUUAUGAAAUAUUAUAAUACAUUACGCAACAUAUAAGAUAAAAAAAGACUGGUAAAUAAAAAAAAUUAAACUGUUUUGAUAUCCACUUAUGUCCAGGAGCAAGUGUUGAUACUCGUACUGAGAGAGGAACAUGGCGCAAUGGAGAUGAACGGCCAGACUCUGGGACCAGUACUGACAAUGCAUCAACCCCUGUAGCAGCAUCAGCAAACUCCACUCCUAAUGGUGGUGCCAGGCCAAAGACAACAUUUUCUCUUAGAUAUACAAGGUAAUUUUUGGAAUGGAUUCAUAUUUUACAGGAUGCUCAUAUUGUUGCCCAGGGGGCGAGAGGUGGCAUUUCAAGGGGUAUAUAGAGUGGGUUGAAUUCAGAAGUUGAAUACCAAAAUUUUACUCACUCCGCAAAGGUCAAGGUCAAAUUCUUUUCAUACCAUAAGAUACCUUGUCCACUGCACUUUCAGAAAAUAUAUGCUUGUAAGGGUCUGGAAUUUUGUCAUUUUCGACAAGCAUAUGAAAGUGUUGAAAAUGGCUGACGCUACAGAAAAAUGUUCUAGACAGUUAUAGGGUUAAUAAAAAAUAUUAGAUAGCCAUUAUUGUCACAUUUUAAAAUAUAUGGGUGGGAGGAUUAGUAAAACAAUUCAUACAAGGCUAGUCAAUCAAUAUGUAAGUGACACAGUAUAAAAAAAGUUUGGGAAACACUGAUAUAUUAGAUCCUGGAGGAUAUUAUAAAAAAAAAAUGAUGCAGUACAAUUUAUAUAUUCAUUAAAUGCAAAUGUUCAUUCUUGAUAAACUUAAAACGAUGGGAGCUUUUUGUACAAUUGUCUAUUUUUUAAAAUUCUUUCAGUGGGCGUGACACAGACAGCUCAGCAAUGGAAGAGGAAGAUGAUUUAAAAGCCCUUGAGGCUAAAAUCAGAUGCAUGGGAAUGAAAAAGAAACCGUCACAAGGUAAAAUUUUAAAGAAACAUUUGCAUUAUAUGUAAUAUUUUAAUAUUUUGACAGUUUACAUAAGUAUACAUAUAUAUGUAAACCUUCAAAUACUUGCCAAAAAAUAUAAAUUUCUUGGAAUAAACAUAUAAUACUGUCACAGAGCGGUUGUUGUGGAGGAGAGCUCCGGUCUUGACUUAUCACAAACGUUAUUGAUUCAGUAGUGGUUAGUACAGGACUGCUCCUCUCUGUGAUUUAUAUGUUGAGUAUCUAGGCCAGUGGUUCUUAACAUGGGUUUGAUCGAACCCCAGGGGUUCAGUGAGUCAGUCUCAGGGGUUCGGCGGAGCUCCAAAAAAAAUUUAAAAAAUGAUAUUAUAUCUUUCCUAUUAAGAAGGGUUUGGUGAAUGCACUUAUGAAACUGGUGGGGUUCAGUACCUCCAACAAGGUUAAGAACCACUAAUCUAGGCAUUGGACAAUGCAAAACACAAGAUAUGACUUGAAUGAACACUAAACAACUCAUACUCCAGGUGUCCAGAUGAUGGAAAUAAUAUGUUUAUUACUAAUAUAACAAGUUCUUCUAUAGUCCUCACUGAUUGUCAGCUAUCUAUAUGAAUCUCUAAAGCUAUGACUUCUAAGUCUCAACUAUUCCUAUGUCCAAAAAUAUUAACACUUCACUACAGUACUUGCCUAUCCCUUAUUCUAUUUUUGAUUACAGUUAUUAACACUAAAUCUGUCACUUAAGAUUCACCAUCCAUUAAUCUCCAACGCUUAAAACCAAAACAUAUUCUCUUCUCCCUGUAAGUCGCCUCCGAGCUCAUUCAUCAUUUAAUAAACGUGGUGCCGUAUACGGGGAAGUUCUGAACAAAAAAACAUUAUUGCUCACUGACACCAUUAUCAAAAGAACACAUAAUAAAAUCCUAACAAUUUCCGCCCACCCUAUAAAUUACCCGAAGUAGCAAUGGAUCGCUGUUGUUAAACCCCACCCCAGUCAUUUGUGACAGAUACAUAGAGUUUUUAUAUAGAAAAAGUGGGGACAACUGUUUUUUCUUUUGUAAAAUAAAAGUUAAUAAACUUCUUGAUAUAAAAACUGAUUUGAAACAAGUAUAUGGACUCCCAAGUAAGUUCGGAUUCCUUCAGUAGCGCCUUUCACUCAUUUCAACUUGUUGAUCUGCUAAGGAAUGGCAAGCAUUGACAGCAGUGCUCCAGAGACCACAUCAAGUGACAACUCUCCAACACUAAUUAGAAGAAACUUUGGCAAACAUCAAGGUCCAGGCAGUGACAGUGGCAGCAGUGGGGAGAGUGACUCUCUUGGUUCUAGCAGCAGUGGUGACAAAGGAGGCAGGGUCAUUCCUAGGGAUAAUGAAAGGUUUGAAAACACUUGAAAAUUUUUUGGGAAUGUCACCCCUUUUGAGAAAGAUUUUUCACCAUCUCUCUGGCUUAUAACUAUUAAAACCUCUGAUCAUUUCAAAAAUAGAAGUUCGCAGCUUCCUUGUAGUAACAAAAUCUUUAAAAAAACAAAAACAGCAUGCCGGUUUCAGUGAGCCUCCUAUCGUUCUAAAGAUUUAAUUGAAGAUAGGAAAUUUAGUUUAUUUGAAUCACUCUAUCUUUGUUAUUAGAUAAUAUUUGUUAUAUAUUUUCCAUUCAGUCCACCAAGCCCCUACUUGAAUCGCAUGUUGUUACCUCAGGCUCUAAUGGACUCCAGGAACCAAGUCAGCGCCAAGACACUAAGGUGAUUUCAUGUCAAGGAUAUCAUUGAAAUCUACAAUAGCUGUUAAAAUAAACCUGCAGUGCAUUAAGAAUUAGACCCAUUGAUUUCAUAUCUAAUUGAAGGGUGCAAUGUUUUGUCAACAGGUACAAAGGCAGACAGAGGGUGAUGCCAACUGUUCCCAACCAGCCCAGCGAAGCAGGCUACCACUUCAUGUUUGAACUGGCCAAGACGGUGCUCCAGAAAGCUGGUGGCACAUCUUCCACAUCCUUAUUCACUCAGCCCAGCAGCAACACCAGUCACACCGGUCCACACAGAAACCUGCACUUGUGUGCUUUCCAAAUUGGACUCUAUGCCUUGGGGCUGAGCAACUGUGUUUCUCCCAACUGGCUGUCUAGGACUUAUUCUUCUCAUGUAUCUUGGAUUACAGGUAAAAAUACAUUUUUUUGGGCAUUACUUUCCAUUGUUCACAUUUUAUGAAUGAAAUAUAGUUUAAUUGUAAUUUUUUUAAAAAUUUGAAAAAUAGACAAACUUUCUUACAUCUUAUUAGUUUGAAAUAUGUUGUAUUUUGACUAUCACAACACUUUCAGUCUUUAAUUGGGACAAUAUUUGUUGAUCAGAAGCCAUUACUAUAAAAAGCAGCACUUGAAUACAAUUGGAGCUAAUUGUUUGUAAUGUUUUCACAUCACUUAGUGUUUUGAUCAAAGGGCAGUUAUGGAAAAAAUUAAACUAACUUUGAAACUUAAGUGAAUAGAAAAACCAGUUCAUUGUUAAACUUAGCCACUCAUUUCAGACCAUGGGGUUUAUUGGAUACAUUUAUUGGCAAGCUGACAUACCGUGUUGUGCUGCACUGCACCAAUCAUAUUAUUAACCCUUGUUUAAGAGGGGUUUUUAGUUACAGUUGUUUCUUUUGCAUUCUUGUCCAGCUUUAGAGAUUGUACACAGGAAUGUUAUUCUAACUUUAAAUAGCCUAAAGAGCUGAUGAAGCACACAAGUCAAAUUAUUUCUUGUUUUUAUAUGCAUAAAACUUAGGUCAAGCAACAGAAAUAGGAAGUGCUGCCAUCAGAAUGAUAAUUGACACCUGGGAAGGUCACUUGACACCCCCAGAAGCAGCUUCCUUGGCUGACAGGGCAUCCAGAGGACGUGAUCCGUACAUGGUCAGAGUGGCAGCUGAGCUUGCGCUUUCAUGCCUCCCACAUGCACAUGCACUCAAUCCUUCUGAAGUACAGAGGGCUCUGUAUCAGUGCAAAGAACAGAGUAGAGAUAUGCUUGAGAAGGCUUGUUUAGCCGUAGAGACUGCAGCAGAGGGAGGGGGAGUAUUCCCAGAAGUAAGCUAAAUAUUACGUUAAAUCUUAAUAGUAAAAUUUAAGGUUUUAUUAAUAUUAAGUCAUGUGUUUGCAGCAUAUAUUUGUGACUAUUUUAAGAAAUGUAUUCAGAACAUCAAGGACUGUUUCAGCAUCAAUAAUCUUUAUAGUGAGGAUAUUACAUGCUGAUGCUGGCAAUGGCAGUGAAAAGUAUUAAGGUGUAAGUUUUAUAAAAAUAUAAUACACUUCUGCUGGUUCUAAAAGGAUAUAUAUAUAGAUGCAUCAAAGAAGGUGAUGUCUGCAUUUGUGCUAUCACGCAUGGACUACUGCAAUGCUUUAUGGUGAGUCUUCCAGCUACGCUCCUAGAUAAAAUUAAAAAAGCACAGAAUAAUGCGGCUCGCAUUGUUCUUCGCAAACGCAAAUUUGACCAUGCUAAAACACUUCUGAGAGAUUUGCAUUGGCUGCUGGUCCGCGCUAGCAUAGAGCACAAAAUUGCAACUCUGUGCUACCGCUGCUUGCAUGACCUGGCACCGUCCUAUCUCAAAGAGCUGCUGACGCCUUAUGUACUCACUAAACAACUCCGCUCAUCUUAUAGUGGCACACUCUCGAUACCACGUGUUCGCCUUGAGACUUACGAGCGGUGUACUUUCACAUUUUUGCUGGCCCAACAAUUUGGAACACCCUUCCUGUCGCUCUCAGAAACAGCCAGUCACUGGAGUCUUUCAAAACUGAUUUGAAGACAUCUAUUUCGCAAACACCUGCUGGGAUGAUGUUGUCUAUCUAGCUAUUAUCUUGUGGAUGUGUAUUGGCCUGUGUUUUUUAUGGUUGUUAGGUAUGAUAGAAUUAGAAUGGGUAUUCUCGUAUAUAGUUUUUGCAAUGUUGCAUUUUGUAUUUCAAUGUGGUAUAUUAUAGAUUGUUUUAUUUCUCUUUUAAUAUGCUAGACUAUGUACCGCGCUUCGAGCCUUUGGGGAUGAAGCGUGAUUUUCAAAUAAACUUUAUUAUUAUUAUUAUUAUUAUUAUUAUAUAUACUGACUGUUAGUUUAUGUAAACUCUUUCUUUAUGCUUGGGAACUUUGCUGAUUGCAGGUCUUGUUUGAUGUCGCCCACCAUUGGUAUGAACUGUCUGAGGAGGCCAGUCAGAAUUCCCCUGACUCUGUUGAUGGUAGUGACAGCAGCACUCAUACACUGAGGGCAAGGAGAGAGUCUGGAAGCCCUGCCUCCCACACUUCAACAGAUCCUGGGUCAUCCAGGUUUGUAUGGUAACCACUACUUUCAAUCAUUUAGAAUUUUGUAGGGGAAAAGUGCAAUAUAAAAAUUAAUAGCUGCCUAUUGUUAAAAACUUUUAAUUGCUUUUGAAAUUCUCAUCUUCUAAAUUUUUUUAAAAAAGAUAAAAACCAUUGCUGUGUAUAGUUUUAAUAUUGGAUAGUAUUCUAUUAGCAUUUUAUUGCAACCAAAGGCUACAAAUCUUGUAUUUCUCUCUAUUUCAGCAGCGAUCGAGCCAGCCCCAAUGCAGGAAAUGCAUUAGUCCACUUUGCAAAUAUAUCACUCCCUGUUCAUAGCAGCCAAUCCCCACCACACACCCAGCAGCAGAUUGUCUCCCCAGUGUGCUCUUCUCCACAACUUAUCCAAUCCCCUUCUCCUCACCUUCCACCCCAAACUGUAGUCCUGCUCCCAGCCACCAAUGCAGGGCCCCCUCAGAUUGGGGCACACUAUAUACAGCCUUACAGCUAUGUGCAACAGGUGACACAAACAGGCCCCCCACCAGGACCUUUCUCCCACCAUCAUUUUACACACACUCCGCCCCAUCACACAUUACAUAGUCAUGGUCUUCAUCCACACACUUACGUGGCCUCGUACACCUAUCCAGGACAGCCCAACUUUACAAGCCUCCCUCCCAAUAUAUACCAUACAGGGAGUGCACCCCAUCUGCGCUCCCUUCCACCUUCUGUUCAGGUUUUCACCACACAACCUCACCCUCACCCUGCCAUGCAUGCUAUGCACCCUGUGGAAGUAGUGACCACAAAUCCUCAGACAGGCAGCCCUGCACAGGUUCUCAACUCCACAGUGGCUGUCCCGCAAAUGCAGCCCAAUACCCACAAUCAGAUGCAGUUGAAUUACCUAAUGGCUGCAUUUCGUACUGGAAUGUUAGCAAUGGAGACCCUCUCACGUAAAGUUCACGAUGACAGGCCACAGACCAAGUAUGCCAGGAAUCCACCUUAUGGAGAGGAUGUCAAAUGGUUAUUGAGUGUUGCCAUCAAGUUAGGUCAGUAGCAAAUUGUACAUUUGUUUGAUUGUUAAAAUCUGAAAUAAAAAUGAAACUGUGAGUUGAAGACUUGAACUUUUAAAUGCAUAAGCCUUGAUCCAAAAGAAUUUUUUAUCCACCAGGCACAACAUUCCUUCAACAGUUCUGCGCUAGUGCCGUCAAUGCUGUUGUAAGUCCUUUUAUACUCUAUGACCUGGCAAUGGAGGCUGCUCGAUUUCUUGCUCGCAACAACUUAACGCAUGUACCAACACAUUUGAGAUCAAAUAUACUGAAUUCAUUGUUUCAAAAGUGUCUGCAAAUGUAAGUAUGACUAGGGUAUAAUUUUGACAAAACAAAUUAAUGAGAAGUAUUAAUUAACUUAAUAAAUAUAAACACUGGUGAUCUGUGUAUCGCUAUGCUUCCAAUAAACUGCAUAUUAAGCACCUUAGAUAAAUAUCUAACAGCUGCGCUACUUUCUAUAAGCUAAAUGAAAGUGUUGUUGAUAAUUGAAACAUCAGUUUAAUUCUUCGACAUAUGUAUAUUAUUGUUAUUUCUUUUUAUUACGUAGGUAAAAUAUUUGCCACGAUAAAAUAUGUUUUUUUAAAUUAUCUGAAAUAACAGAAAGAAAGCUACUGUAGGGUAUUGGGUUGGGAGAGGGGGUGAGAGAGGGUAGGGAUGUUGCUGGGGAGAUGUUGAUUUGGAAUUGGGGCAGGGGAGGAUUAAAGAGAAACGUUGGAAUGUAAGGGGAAGAGGAAUUCUAAGUGAAAGAGGCGUUCUAAGUAAAAGAAGUGAUCUAAGUGGAAGAGGUGAUCUAAGUGGAAGAGGUAAUCUAGUACUGUUUGUACUGGGUAAUACAAAAGAUUAUUGAGAGGGGCUUUGAGGUGCAAGUUUAGUUUGAUGUGGCCCUGGCAAAGAUAGAAUUUGAUCUUAUCCUAGGAAGUUAUGGGAACUUUGGUAUUAAGGCCAGGUAUCAGGAAAACCAAUCUUUCUAUUGAGCCUUUGGCCUGUUAUUUAACUUAUGUACUUCUCUAAUGAUUUGUUUUUCUAUGUUUAUCAUUGUAGGUAUGUUUGACUGUUUUUUAUGCUUCUAUUUUACUACUUUAUCCACUUUCUCAGUCCAUGUUAAUUAAUGAAAUAAAAAUAUAUAGAAAAAUAGAAAUUCUGACUCAGUUUAAAUAUUUUAUUUUAAUUGGUUUUUAAAUCUUAGUUGGCACAUUGAAAGUCAAAAGUGUAUUUUCUGUCUUGACAGUCAUAGCUAAAACUGACUUACCACUCGACUAAUCUUGUGCUUUACAUAAAAUUGAUUUAGACCCUUUAGGGUCAAUUUAAAAAAAAAAUUUUACUUUGCAUUUUAAAACACAGUAAUUGCAAUAGAAUUCAUAAUUGGAAAUAUUUUCAGGUUUAUACAGUGUGCCCACCAGCGAAUACACCACAUCAACAACGCAGACUAUGAUGAGUUUGUUACUAUCGUUUGUAAUGCCCGCAAUGCAUUUUAUCUGGCGCCAGGUGGAAUUGUCCAAUUCAACGAGUUGCUUCAGAGUCUACGAAGGUCCAAGUCUUGCCGCAAAGAACUGUGGCAGCGCAUUGUCAAUGGUCUUGCAAGUGGUACCGUAUGAUGGUACUUUACUUAGGAAACUUUUAUUGAACAUCUUUUUAUCCCAUUAUUUAUUAAUAACCAUGGUAUAUGUGCCCUUAAAACUAUUUAUAAAUUUUUGGGGGGAAAAAAGUGUAAAGUUCUUCAUGUGACAGAAGUUACAACUUUUUCCCCUUAUGAUUCUGCCUGUUUAAAAAUAGCGGUGCAAAAUUGUGUCAAGGACAAAAUGUUUGAGAUACUGCAGUUAUCUAAGCUAAGUUUUAUAGAAAUCUUGCAUGCCUUGAAAGGGAGCAAAAUUAAAGAACUAUCCAGGUAACAAUUAUAUUCUAAGAAAAUGAAAAAAGUUGCAAGUUCAUGAGGCUUUUUCGGGCAGGAACCAAAAGCAUUCAGCUUGGUAUAAUUUUGCACAACUAACUUUAUUUCUCAGAUAUUUAAUUUAUGACACUUAAGUGUUUUUUGAAAUGGUUGCCAUAAAGAAAAUGAUUACACAGAACUUAUGAGUUUCAUUUUUUAAUGAAAUAUUUUAACUUAUUCAUGUAAUAUUGAUGACAAAAUUUUUCAAAAUCUAUGUUUUAACUGCAGAAAAAACCCAUUCCCCCUCCCCACCCACCAAAUAAACAAGUAAAACAAAUUUCAUCACUUUAAACCAUUAAGUAUCAGCAUCCUACAUUAAAUUUACUAACAUUUUAAUUGAAAUAUUUAAACCUCUGCAAACAUCCAUUUUUUUUUAGAAACUUGCUAAAGACAUACACACAACUGAACUAAUAGACUAAAUGUUUCAAUAUUGCUUAAAAAAUACAUUACUUUGAUGUCAGUAAAUACACAUCACAUUACUUAUUUAUUAAAUGUCCAUGAGUACUACAAAUUGUUUGAAUGUAUACACAGUUUAAACCAUGUUUAUGAAAGAAGUGGAAAUUUUAUCAUGUUGUAUUUUUGUGUGACCAGUUUUUACAAAGGAAAAAAAAAGCCCUGUGUUUUUCUCCAGGCUGCAGAUGAAGUAGCUUACAAAAAUUCCAAGAGAUUUAAAACUCUAAUUUCUUGGAUUUUAUUUCAAUUUUAAAAAAGAGACAUUAAGAUUUUGGGAAAUAUAAUCUUAAUAAACCCUUUUUCUUGAUGUUUUCAUAGUUGGCAUCUGGGAACAUCUUAUUUCAUGUGAACAUCUUAAUCCAUGUGGGAGCAUCUUGUUUCAUGAAUGAACCCUUCUGUGAAUAUCUUUAUCCAUGUGUGAACAGUUUGUUCCAUGAAUGAAUAUGGUGUCCCUUUGUGAACAGAUUGUUCCUUAUGUCAACAUCUUGUUCCAUGAAUGAAAAUAUGUUCCUUGUGAACAUAUUUUUCCAUGUGUGAACAGCGUCAUGUUAAUACUUUAAUUUUAAUAGACCAUUUAGAACAUUUUCUUUUUGAAAAGUGUUUACUAAACUUUUUAGCCAUAUUUACCAGAGUACAAAGCAUUGUGCCUAUAGGUGACAUUCAUUAUCAAAAGUGUGCUCACCAAAUACAUGAUGUAAUGGGCUGUCAAAUGUAAGAAAAUAUGGCAUCUCUUUAAAAUGAUUUUUAUGCCCAGAUUCUGUAAUUUUUUUCAAAUGUGAGUAGAGAUCGUAUUAAUUGUAUAAAGAAUCAGCACCUGCAGGAGGUGAGAAUAACAGAAGUAAAUGUAGGCUUUUUCAAGGAAUAUAGCUGCACUGUUAAAUCACCCUAAACUUCAUUUAAAUCUUAGACUUGUAAAAAAAAGUAUUUUACAGGAAAGUUGAGCACAUAUUUUAAUGUUAAGUUUAAAUAAUCUCUUAGUUGUAUAAUAACUAGAAAUUUAAAUUUUAUAAUUAAUGAAUGCAUUAAAAAUGUUCUAAUUAAUGGAUGCCAGCAAUUUCAUAUUAAAUUACUCAAUAAGACAGUAUUGCAGAAAUAUUACCUUAAUGUAGAUACAUUAUUAACAUUAAAUGCACUUCAUUAAAUUUGUUGUGUUUUCUUUUGAACAGGAUAUUAAACAUUUAAAAAUAACAGCAAAAAAUACAAGCAAUGAAAUUUAUAAAAUAUGAAUAACAAGAAUAUAUUCGUGAAAGAUUUUCUACUUCCCUAUUUACUCACCAUAUUAACUUACUUAUAUAGUGUGUAGUUCUGAGUGUUGGUUAACUGCUCUGAAUAUUUUAUAAAAAAUAUUGUGUUGUUGAACUGAACUCUUAGCCUUAGAAGUUAAUUGGUGUGUAAUGUGGUAAUGUAUAAAUAUUUCUUAGUUAAAAUUCAUUUUAAUUAUAUGUAUCACCUUUCAUAUGAUUAUUUAUUGUCAUAUCCAUAUUUUUAUUUUAUCUUUUUUCAUCUCAAUCACACAAACAGAAAUGUAUAUAUAUGUAUAUAUAUAUACACAUACACAUUUGUACGUUUAAAUAUAUAUACUACUUUCCUACAUGAUUAGAUCAAGAAAGCAAAAUGCUGCUUUAUGCAACAAUCUGAACUUAAUAAUAAAAAUAAAAAAAUAAAAAGACUGAAAAAACAAACAAAUGGAGAAGCUGAUUUCUUAAUCUAAUCAAAUCAUAAAACUGUUCCAUUUAUUUAUACUGACAGAACUUUGUUUAACCUCUGGGGAUACAUGAAUCUUAAUAAAUUAUUUUGUUGCUAAAAAUCCAUACAAUUGUAAGAAAUGUAAUUUAAACAGUAAAUAAGUUAUGACACCUUUUCACAUUGUUAUAAAUUAAAAAAAAAACCAACCAGGUACAUUAAAACUUAGAUAUUUAACACUACACCUAAAUCUUUUUAUUGUGAUGUUAUUGAAUAAAUAACACUACCUCAUAUGCACACUCAGAAAAACAAACUGAUUAUCAUUUAAAAAAAAAAAAUCUGCAUGUAACAAAUUAUGGUCUGAUAGAUUUGGAAUGGUUGAAGAUGGAAAUCACUAGUGCUGGAAACUGUCUGAAGCAAAUGAACCAAUAAUAAACUUGUUAAAAAGAGAAUCAUUGGAAUCAUUUUAUAUUUAAUAUUACAAUAUCCAUUAUUCAAGAAGAUUCAGUUGCUUAAGAAGUUGUAAAGCCUUACCAAAAAUAUAACUAAUGAGCCUUUUGCGUAUUUUUAUUUUUGCUUGAAGUUAGUAGCAUGCCAUGGUUACUGUACAAUUUAUGGACAUUUUAAAUAAACCCCAUGAAUCCAACACAGAACCAAAUAGUUUGAUUAAACAAGUUUCUAGAAACUUUAAAUGAAAGAAUCCUAAAAAAAGAAAAAUCCCACAGGAUGUACUAUUUUUAUUGAAGGCAAUCCUGGACCUAGCUGGCAUCUGUCCUAAAGUCAAUUUUUAUAACUGAAGCAAGUCAGUCAACUGCUGGAGUUCACAGGAAAUGCAUAUUUGAACCCUCCUCUAUGAUAGGUAGAAACAAUCCUAAUGCACUUUAUGAGCAUCUCCUACCAACUACACUGUAGUUGAACUGUUGCAAUAUUUCUUUAUCAGAGAAUGUUUUGGAAUGAAAAAUAUUUAAGAAAAUACUUUAAAGGUACUUUAAAGUGCGAUAACAGCUGUAGCUGACCUAUUUUGCCACCAUUUUAGAUGAACUUUUGAACUUCUCCUUCCUGUCAGUUGUCAUUCAUUGCACUCAUCUUCUGUUUAAUUAUAACAUAAGAUUCAGCGUAGACAAACACAAGUUUAACCACCAGUUACAAACAUUUUAACCCUGUUUUGUUUCCAAUAGUUUCCCUGUUGUCUAGAAAAUGAGAAACCCGUUGAGCCGAAUUUAUUUUAAGAAUUAAUUAUUUGGUCGAUCCCAAAUAGAGUAAACAUGAUGAAACUGUCUAUUUAUUUUAACGUCAUACAAUUUUAUCAUUAAUGAAGCAAACAAUUUUACCCAUGCCUUUAAUAUUCUAAGUGCAAAAAAGUUGCCAUAAAUUAUAACUUUCCAUUCUGUUACCUUUGUAUUUAUUUUAAAACCCCAUUGUUUUUUUUAACAAUUUGUUGGCCAUGUAUGACAAAUUCAGUUCUAGCAGUUUGUCCUUUUAUUUUAUACACAUGUUUAUAACUUAUUAUUUAUUAUUUGUGUUUGUGUGCGUGCGUGCUGUGUCUCAAAACCAUUGCUGUCUAUUUAUUUUAUAUUUAUUCCAAAUUUUUAAAUUAAAAAAAAAAAUAUUGUUUCCUUAGGUUUCAGUGGAAAUUUUUUUAUUUUUAGUUAUACAUUUAACAUGACUAGACAUUUAUUAGAAGUAAAUUUAGUCUGUUUAUCCUGGUCCAUUAUUAGUAUUUAACUAACAUGUGUCAACAGCUUUCAUUGAAAGACUUUAUGUGUGUUAAUCAUAUGUGUUAGGCACAGUGUAACCAAACUGUUUAAAAUCACCUCCUGCAUGACAUAAACAUUCAAUAUUUAUUUAUUUAUUUGUAAGAUAAUUUUCCUGCCUCCCACACCCGCCUUUUUUUCAUCAUUUCAUCAGUUUCAGAAUAAUUUAUUUCAUAGCAGUAUUCCUCUAUGUAUUCAAAUAUUUUUGCUCACACAAUAAUUCCUUUCAAAUUUUAAGCUUUUUAAAAUAAUAUAUAAUUUAUUAUUAUUCUUUUACAAUAAAUAAAAAAAGCAACAGAUAAACAAGAUCCAGCAAUUUAUACUUUCUGGGGAUUUAGCAAGUCUGGACAUUAAAUGAAAUAUGUUUCCCAUGAUCUAAGAACUUGAAACAUUUGAAUAAUGUUGAGAUGGCAGAUAUUUUUGUUGGCAAACUUAAAUGUUGAUAACAGGUUUUAAUGAGAAGCAAUAUUUGCAAUCAGCAAUUGGUUGAAAGGAAAAAAAACAACAAACCAACAACGUCAGAACUAUUGUGUAGACUAUCUCUUUGAUUAUGAAAACACCAUUCAGGUCAAAAUGUAUUGUUUGCUGUAAGAAGGUCAUAUCAUUUAAAGAUUAUACUUGUUCUUUGUUUAUUUUAUGUUUAAUUAGUGCAAACAUCAUUGAAAUCUUAUCUUCAGUGUUGGCAGAUUUGAUUUCUACUUUAUUCUUGUGGAUCCUUCAUUAGUAAAUGAUUCCUGCAUUUGCUAAUAUUAUAUUAUGCUUAUGAUUUAAACUUUGCACCUGUCUUAAAUAUGUGGCAUAAAAAGGUUGUGAAUGGCGCAAAAAAAAACCAACAUAACAAACUAACCGAAAUACCAUGUUGAUUUUUAAAAGAGUACAAAAUACUUUGACUUUGAAAUUUACAUAUCCUUGGUCCUCACCGCACUACAUCUCUAAUGGCAAUAUCCCUAGGAAAAUACUAACCAGGGUUCAAGAGCUUUAAACGUUGGUUCCAGCAAGGGAUCCAACACUGGCAUACAAAAAAUUGAAAAAAGAGUUGAAAUGAAACGUCUAAUUUUUCCCCCUCUUGCCAUAAAGAUUUGUCUCUGAAUCCUUAACUCUGACAGUUGAGCUCUGGAGUUAAGAUUAGGCUGCUACAAGAAAGCCCCACAUUGACAAGUUUCCAGAGUUAAAGCUGGGCUUCUGUCAGAAAUAAUCACGUUUUUGGGUUGCCAGAGCAAAAACUAGGCUUCUUUGAGAAACUCUCACAUUUAUUGGUUUUCACAGUUAAAGCUAGGCUUCUGGGAGUAAGCCUCACAUUGAUAGGUUGCCAGAGCUGAAACCAGGCUUCUUUGAGAAACUCUCACAUUUAUUGGUUUUCACAGUUAAAGCUAGGCUUCUGGGGGUAAGCCUCACAUUGAUAUGUUGCCAGAGCUAAAACAAUGAGGACCACCAAGAAAGCUUUAGCCAAUUUGUGUCAGGGCAGCAAUUAUAAAAGGUCUGCUGACCUCUGCAGUACUGGGAUGCUCUACUAUCAUCUUCUACACUCCAUUAUCAUCUCUUACAAAUUCAUUACUUACCAUACGAAAUAAGUUUUUUUAAAAAUGAAUUGCUUCAGCGAAGUAUGAUUAUCAUUUUAUUAUGCCAUUUAAACUCAAACAAUUAUCACAAAAUUAGGUGACACAUCUUACUGAAAUGACUAAUGGAGUUUAAAUACAAAUUAUUAAUACAUGUUUUAUAUUAUACAAUUUUCAAACUUGUCUUGAACCCAUUUUGAAGUAAUAGAAAUGUGUGUGUUUUAUAUGGUGUUUUCUCUUUUUUCCUUUUAAUUUAACUAUACAUAUUUUAGAAAUGACUUUUAAAAUUUGCUAUUUCAUUUUAUUAAGUCUUAUGUGAAUAUUUGACACUAAAAUGUGUACUGAUCUCAAUUUUUAAAGAAACAAAAUAUUUUAUAGUUGAUUUUUAAAUAAGCAGAAAAGCUCAUGAAGACCACCAUUUGAAUAUUUCAUGCUAUCAUUUCACCUUUGUGUCUCCCUCUUGUUUGAAGCUUAGAUUUAUAUCCUUAAAAUUAAGUCAGUCACAUCAUCACAUCAUUAGUGCAUUUUUAAAACAAAUGUAAUGUAUACAAACUGAGGAAAAGAUGUCAUCCUCUUUUAAAAAAAAAAAUCAUAUUGUAUUUUUCCUUUCAAAUUAUCAUCAUUGAUCAUCCUUAAACAAAAUGAAGUGUAUAUAAACAUCUAAGCAUUGUAAAAUGUUCAUAUUAUCAACCUCUAUAAAUAUAUAUGCUUAAAAAAUACCUAAGUAUGUAAAAAAAAAAAGAUUCUAUUUUAUGUAAUAUGGUGUUGAAUUUUACAAAAAAGUAAAGAGGAAUAUUGCUGUGGACCUUUUUAAAUUGCUACCAUUUCAUCAUCACAAUCAUCAUGUGACUGUAGUUUUCAGUCAAAUUACCUUGUCAGUGCUUCUACUACAUUCUCCUAAACUAAAAUCAGCAUUUAAAAAAAAAAAACUCAUUCAAUGAAAGAUCCCUCCAAAUACACUUAUUUCAUAUUCUAGGUAAUGAUCUACGUUAAUAACCUCACUUAAGGGAUUAUGUUAUCUUAUACCGGUAGUUGAUCUUAAAUGUCUAAAGAUGUUUUGAAUCCCACAAUUUGUGGAGGUUCUAGAAAUGAAGAUGAUUUAUUGUCUUCAAUUGCUAGGUUGUCAAAUCCAGUAAAUAAAAAAAUAAUUAAAAUUUUUGGGAAUUUUAACCAUUUACCUUGUUUCUAACCUUUUCAAAAUGUAUGUAUUUUUCUUGACACUAAAUUACUUUAAAUGAUGUUCACUUUUUCUGGGGUCAAGAUUUUAAGGUAUGAAAAACAGUUUUUUAGAAACAAAGCUGUGUAGAAAUAAAAUUUUUAAAUAGAUUUUAAUGUUAAAUUUUUACUUUUUAAAAUAAAUAAAAAAACAUAAUUAUAAUAUCCAUAAUCUAUUUGGAGGAUUUUUCAAGGAUGAAAUUCAUAACUCUAUCAAUGUUAUACCUACAGGCAUUAAAAAACUAAUAAUUGCAAAAACUUUAUUUCAGAAAAAAAGAAAGAAAAAAAAAGCAAUUGAGUUUUUAUAAUAGCUUAGUUUAGUUGUAAAAAAAUAAAGACAUUUUGAAAUUAUUGGCUAACAAAACUUCUUAAACUUCUUUCCUGAAAUUUACAAAAAUUAAAUAUGUUGUGCACAUAUUCAGUUAAAAUUUCUCUUUGCUUAUCAUUUGAAGCCAGGCACUGAAGAUGUUCAUGUAAUUUCUCUCAUUUGUGCUGACCUCCCCUGUAGCCCUUAGAUUUCUUGUAAUCAGAUAGACCAUUUGAUGUCCCUGCCACAGCACAUUAGGGCUCUUUUUAGCUGACACUUACAACAGUACUGGAUUAACUUGUAUCUUUCCUCCCGGGAUUCUUUGGACCGUAACUAAAACUAAACAUUGCUUUUAGUCACUAUAGCUCUUUAAAAAAAAAGUAGCCUCCCUGGUUGAGUGUUAAAGGGGUCAAAGCUAAAAAAUGAAAGAAACGAAAAUUAUUAAAAGAAAUUAGUUUUAAUGCUUUGAUAGCCGUUUGCAGUUUUAAAAGCUUUUGUGAAUAAAACUUUACACUUACAAUGACGGAGUAGAGAGUUAUAAAUUAACAGCGUUCUUAGUCAGUGUAAACAAUAAUUAAUUAUUGGGUUGCAAAUAUAUUUAUGAUUAUGAGAUUUUUAAAACAAAUGAUUUUGUUGGAUAGCAAAUUUUUGUAUCCCUCUCCAAUUCACCUGAAGUGAAAUGAUUUUGUGAACACUAGAAUUUGAUAUCCAAUAGCUGUAACUUAAAAGAGAUGGAGGAUUUUGAGUCUAGAAAUUAGAAAAAAAACAAUGCAGUCAAUUUUUAUAAUUAAGUAAUGAAGUUAUCAAAUAACAAAAGUCAUUUUUUGAGACAUUUGUAAAAAUUUGUUAGAAAUAUAUAUAUGGAUUUUUUAAAAAUAUUUAGAAUCCUUUCAUAUAGUAUUUUAAUUAAUGGUUGAAUUUUUUAAUUUCAACUUGAAAAGUAACGCAUGGCAUGAAUACUUUAAAAAUUCAAUUUUUAACAAAUAUUUUGACAUUUCACUAUACUUUUGGCUUUGUCUGGACCAGAAGGAACAAUAGUAGUAGCAUUACAAGUCUAAUCCUUUUAAGAAAAAAAAAAAAAAAGCAGAUUAAGUUUAAAGUUACAAAUAUAUCUAAAACCGUGCUUUGCUUUUCAAGGGAAUAAUAAUUCUGACAUAAAGGCAAGAAGCAUUAUAAAUAACAAAUCUACCUCUUGAUCUAGAGAGCAAUCCAAAAUGGAUGACUUUUUGGAUUUCUGAAUGUGAUGCUUUAAACAAGACUUAGCAUGAUAAAGAAGUUGAUUUAUGAGAUAAAUAAAACCCAAAUACACAGUGGUAUAUAUCUACCUCUUUGGAAUCUCUGUUAUUUUAAUUCAGGAAACUAAUAUCUAUUUGUUUACAUUACCUUCAUGCUAUCCAAAUUGACCUGUUAUCAUUGAAAAGUUGGCUUGAUUUGGCCUGCUGUUAUUGAAAAUGUCAUCUGCAAAUGUCAAAGAUGGCUUGAUUUGGCCUGCUAUUAUUGAAAAUACCAUCUGCAAGUGUCAAAGAUGGCUUAGAUGUUAUGAUGAAUUAUGCUGAGCUCUGGUGUGCUGUGUGUAGUAUUGUGUUGGUGUUUAUUAUAAGUUGUGUUAAAUGCUAGCUGUCAUAGGUACUCCCUCAUCUUCUAUUGGUACAUUAUUCCCACACCCCUUUUCACCAUUCAGUAUAAAUGAUAUGCCCUAUAAAGCCCCAAAAAAGUACAAAAAAGGGGCUUUUGGUUUACAUUUAUUUAGCCUGCUGGGAACUGUCUGUUUUGUUAUGAUUUUUUUUUUUGUAUUCAUAAUUCAUUGUGGUAGUUAAAAUUCAAUAUUUUUUCACACCCAUUUCCUCUUGUCUUUGUAAUUCUUCAUUAAAGUUCUCAGGCUAAAC